GUAGUAUAAAUCAAUUUUUUUUAAAAAAUAUUUAUAUAGAAUUUUAUUUGACCGAUGAUUAAAUUAUGAAUUAAUUAAAAUUACAAAAGGUUAAAAGCGUAAUCAUCAUUUUUGUCCCAAGUGUCCAGCACCAAUAUGAAACGAUACGACGAGCAGCUGGGCGCGAACCCCGCUGGCCAUUUUUCAUGGCAACUCUUCUAUUGCUCCCCGGUAACUCAACUCGCUAAUCACCUAACAGCCUACUACAAUGUCCUUUUAUGGCAAAGCGACGCCUCAUGGCAGAACCCCUACUCUCUCUUCUCUAUUCAGCUCCCCAUUUCACCAACUCAGCAACAUCCUCCUCGUGGCCUCGCUUGCGAAAACCCUUGCGAAGUCCGGCACCCGCAACCUCGACCCCGAUUCAACACCUAUCACUGAGUCUCUCGUCCUCCAAAUCCUACGCAGGAACUCCCUCGAUCCUUCCAAAAAGCUCGACUUCUUUCGAUGGUGUUCGUCUCUCAGGCCAAACUUCAACCCCCCCCCGUCCCCCUAUUCUCACAUGUUCCGUACUGUUUGCCGUGCUGGACUUCUCGAGGAAGUCCCUAGUUUGCUGGGUUCGAUGAGAGAAGAUGGUAUCGUCGUUGAUUCUGGGACUUUCAAGACUUUACUUGAUUCUUUUACUCGGUCGGGUAAGUUUGAUUUUGCGCUUGAGAUUCUUGAUUACAUGGAGGAGUUGGGGACUAGCUUGAUCCCGAAUCUGUAUGAUUCGGUUCUUGUUGCUUUGAUUAGGAAAAACCAGGUGGGUUUAGCUCUGUCUAUAUUUUUUAAGCUUUUAGAGACUUGUGAUAACGGCGGGGACAACUGUGAUUUGGCUGGUGGUCCAUUUCCUGGUUCGAUGGCGUGAAAUGAGUUGUGUGGGCUGAGAAAAGCAUAUAUGAAGGCAGAAUUCAAGGUGGUAUUUGAAUUGAGGGAAAGAAGGGGUUUGAAAUUUGAUACUUGGGGUUACAAUAUAUGUAUUCAUGCGUUUGGUUGUUGGGGUGAUCUGGGUACUUCUCUGAAUUUAUUUAAAGAGAUGAAGGAGAAGAGUUUGGUUUCUGGGUCAGUUGGCCCUGAUUUGUGCACCUAUAACAGCCUCAUUCACGUCCUGUGCUUGGUUGGGAAGGUGAAAGAUGCUAUGAUUGUGUGGGAGGAACUGAAAGUAUCUGGUCACGAGCCUGAUGCAUUCACAUACAGAAUAAUUAUCCAAGGAUGCUGCAAAGCAUAUCGAAUGGAUGAUGCAAUGAAAAAUUUUAGCGAGAUGGAGUGUAACGGGUUUGUUCCAGAUACCAUUGUGUAUAACUCUCUUCUGGACGGAAUGUUCAAAGCAAGGAAGGUUGCGGAAGCAUGCCAAUUGUUUGAGAAAAUGGUUCAGGAUGGGGUUAGGGCCUCUUGUUGGACAUAUAACAUUCUGAUUGAUGGAUUGUUUCGGAAUGGAAGGGACGAGGCUGGAUACACCCUGUUUUGUGACUUGAAGAAGAAGGGGCAGUUUGUAGAUGCUGUGACCUACAGCAUUAUUGUGGUAAAACUAAGCAGGGAGGGGCUGCUCGAGGAAGCUUUGCAGCUAGUCGAAGAGAUGGAGGCUAGGGGUUUGGCAGUUGAUUUAAUCACAAUAACGUCGCUCUUGAUUGGGUUUCAUAAAAAGAGGAGAUGGGAUUGGACUGAGCAACUCAUGAAACACAUUAGAGAUGGCAAUCUAGUGCCUAGUGUUCUCAAGUGGAAAGCCAAUAUGGAAGCUUCAAUGAAGAGUCCACAGAACAGGAGAAAUGAUUAUACCUCAAUGUUCCCUUCUAAAGGUGAUUUUAGUGAGAUUAUGAAUCUUUUAGGUUGUUCAAAUCCAGAUGUUGACACCAAGCAUGACGUGGAAGAUGGUGGAAUUGACAAUGAGGAGCCAUCAUCGAAGGAAGGGGAUCAGUGGUCAUCAUCCCCAUAUAUGGAUCAAUUGGCAAAGCAAGUGAAAUCCAGUCACUUCACUGCAGCAUUAUUUUCUCUAAAAAGGGGACGAAGGGUUAAAGCAGAAGGGAUGGAUUCUUUCGAUGUUGAUAUGGUGAACACCUUCUUGUCCAUAUUUUUGUCCAGGGGUAACCUGAGCUUAGCUUGUAAGUUGUUUGAGUUAUUCAGAGAUUUAGGUGUUGACCCCACGUGUUACACUUACAACUCUAUGAUGAGUUCAUUUGUGAAGAAAGGCUAUUUCAAUGAGGCAUGGGGAGUGCUCAAUGAAAUGGGGGAGAAGGUUUGCCCAGUGGAUAUAGCAACAUACAAUGUGAUAAUCCAAGGCUUGGGAAAAAUGGGGAGAGCAGACCUAGCAAGCGCUGUUCUGGACAAGUUAAUGAAGCACGGUGGUUAUCUUGACAUAGUCAUGUACAACACCCUGAUUAAUGCUCUGGGCAAGACUGGCCGAGUUGAUGAAGCAAACAAGCUAUUUGAACAGAUGAAAACGGGGAUAAAUCCUGAUGUUGUUACUUAUAAUAUCCUCAUAGAAGUUCAUAGCAAGGCUGGUCGACUAAAGGAGGCAUAUAAAUUCUUAAAAAUGAUGUUGGAUGCAGGCUGCUCUCCCAACCAUGUCACUGACACCAUUUUGGAUUAUCUGGGACAGGAGAUGGAGAAGCUGAGAUAUGAGAAGGCAUCAAUCAUAUGCACUCGUAAGAAUGAUUCUUCUUGAAAGGUUUUAGAAGAUACAGUUGUUUUCAGGUAAAUCAGCAGCCAUUGUAUAAUGAUCACAUGAUGGGUAAAAUCCUGUACUUCUAAACUGGACUUUUUAGCUGCAGUCAAUGGCUUGCCAAGAAAGAUACAGACAGAUGACUCCCCCGAGUGAACUUUUCUUCAAAUUACUUUCUACUGUUAAGAUCAUAAGCUCCAAGGCAAUGCAAACUCUAUCAAAAUCUCUUAUCCAGAAGAGCCUAAAAAUGUGUAAGAUAGAACUCCAGCAGAACAUGCAGCCAUCUGAAUUCAGGAUGAAAGCCAUUAGCAAAGAAUCUCAUGGCUUCAUGAAGAAACUAGAUUAAGAGCAAAUCAAGGGUUAUUAUCUUGUCUGAUAAGGAUUUCAUGCAUCACAAAUCAGAAGCAGAAAGUGUUCAUGAAGAAAAACCUGAGAAUUGUUUGGACAAUGUUAUUGGGGAUGCUGAUGUGGAGAAGAGAAUCUACAAAAUAAGAUUUAGAAGAUGCAAAUUUGCAAAACUUCAAUUGUAUGCCAGGAGCUAGUGAUAUUGGUGAGGAUAACAUGGAUAUACUGGAACAGCUUAAGAAACUCGACGGAGUCUCAUCCAGAGAAUACAGGUAGUCAGGAAUCUGAAAUUAACAAAAAUUUCAAUCAGGAUGAAAUGACAACAAAGCAGCAAGUAGUGUGGAUGGUACCAAGACUGAUUCCACGAAUCCAUCAGCUUCUAAAGAUGGAGCGCAGCAGAAUGGGAGCCCUAUUGGAACAUUGAGCUUUGGUAAAGCAUUGGUAAAAUUGGGUCGACAAACUAUCCUUAAGGAUCUUGUUUGCAGAAGAGAAUGGAGGUUUCGUAACCAUUGGAAGAUUCAGUUGCAGAUAAAGAAUGUGAAAAUUUGGUGUCCUGAAUUCUCAGAGGACUUGAUAUAAUACAAAAUUAGUUGCUACAAGGGUGCAAGUGGAAAUGGCAGGAUGCAUUUGAUUAAGACCAUUGCAAGUUUGAGGCCUUCAGUUCGAAUUUCAGGAAGCCCUACUACGUAUCCAGUUGUUCUAUAUUAUUAUGCUCGGGUUUAAGUGAGCAGGAGAAAGAUUUUCCACUUCCGUAUAUAACAUAACUUAUAAGCAAUCAGAACCAUUUUCAGAGGAAACUCAGAACGAACCAGUCAAGAAAAAGAAGAAAGUGCGGUUCAGCUCAUGUCUAGCAAUGCAAGAGAAAAGAGAAAACAUACCAGCCAGUGAACCAAGAAGCCAAAGCUCCCCAGUCAUUGCCACAGAGCUUUGAGCUCCAGAAGUAGAGUCCACCAGAAGUUGGGUACGCAGAGCAAAUUUCAGCCAUUGAUAGUCCCACCAUCAUCGUCAUCAUCCCAAUUAUGGGCCACCCCCAUAUCAUCGUCACAGUCCCACCAUAUGUCAGCCCCGUGCCGUACAUUGUCGUCAGCCCUGUGAUCACAGACACGAUUGAGAAGGUAACUGAGAAAUUCCCUAUUGCCCUGCACAGCACCCACAACAUAACCAAUCUCCGAGUUAUAUAUAGAGACGCAGAUACACAUAUAUACGUUUAUAUGAGCUGGUGUGGGGAAGUAGAAGAGAAAA